GGCGACCAUGUUGAUUUAAAGGAAGAAGAAACACAAUAGAGGCGAUUUAUUUCAGGAAAAAAACAGUUAUUGAAGCGAAUUGUAAAAAAGGAGUUGAUCAACCGCACAACGCGUACACUUUGCAACAUAACACGGAAAUUGAGGUUUAAAGUCUGAGUUGUUGGCUGACUUUGAGGAGGCAGAGGGUUGAUCACGGCCACACUCGCACACUUCACACACUGACCUGAGGACCUGGGGUGUCUGUAAGGAGAGGGUCGAACACCUGGAGGACAAAGGAAACGCACACUGAGGACUCAAAAGGGGUGAAAAGCUUUUUGGCUUUGGACUCAAAAACCCCUUGUGUUUGUGAAUUCAGGAUCCAGAUAUUUCUUUUCUUUUUUCACACAGUGGAGCGACACAUAUCCACACAGUGGAAAUAAACGGAGAGCAUUACAGACUAUAUGAUUUUGGGGAAAAACUUGUACAAAGUUGGACAACCUUUUUUUUUUUUUUUCUUUCAAGAACAGGGAUAUUGAGCAACUCUAUGGACUCAAAGAGGAAAGAGGAAAUAUUGUUCAAUAGAGAAACAAGAAGUUUAAGCGUUGAACUAAGAUUAAAUUGAAGAGGCUGUUCCCCAAGUUCAGAUUGCCUUAGUUGUUCUAUUUCAGGACUUGAACCGCUUUGAUACUUGUUCACAUAUAAUUUUUCUAUAUUGUGGACAAGUAUAUUCAUGCAUAUGAAUGCAAAUUUCUCUUCAUUUUGAAGAGCUCUUGUGUAAAAACGUGUUUUUUUUUCUUGUUGUACGUCAGUCACUCUGUUGUUGAAGGGGACCGAACUGAACGUACAUGUGUAUAUGUAAAUACUACGAAUUGACUUCUGUUGUAAAAGCUUUGGACUUAAGAAGAAUAGAGAAUAUUGUUUGUUAAUGCUUUAUUAAACUUUUUUACUUUUGAAGAGAAUUUUUAAAAAGAAAAACCUAAGAGGCAAAAAUCUAAUACUUUGAAGAAAAAAAAAACAAAAGCAAGGAAAACAGGAAAAAUGGCAACCGCCAGAACAGAAAACGUUGGCCCAGUUGUCAUGGGACUGAACAAGCAGAACGGGCAGCUCAGAGGACAGACCAAACCAGCUUCAGUCCAGCCAGCACCCACAACUCAAGGAAAGGCUUUGGGUGCACCCCAGAUAGCAGGCGGUGCCACUCAGGACGGAGGAGGCAUCAAGUUUGGAGAUGACUGGAAAAAGAGUCUAAAGCUCCCUCCCAAAGACAACAGGGUCAAAACCUCAGAUGUGACGUCCACCAAGGGGAAUGAAUUUGAAGAUUACUGUCUCAAGAGAGAACUCCUGAUGGGCAUCUUUGAGAUGGGUUGGGAGAAACCUUCCCCGAUCCAGGAGGAGAGCAUUCCCAUCGCCCUGUCCGGGCGGGAUAUUCUGGCUCGGGCCAAGAAUGGAACAGGGAAGAGUGGAGCCUAUCUCAUCCCACUGCUGGAGAGAAUAGACCUGAAAAAGGACCACAUACAAGCACUUGUCAUGGUGCCCACCCGUGAGCUGGCACUGCAGGUGAGCCAGAUCUCCAUCCAGAUCAGCAAACAUCUGGGCGGAGUCAAAGUCAUGGCCACCACCGGGGGCACCAACCUGAGAGAUGACAUCAUGCGUCUGGACGAGACCGUGCAUGUGGUUAUCGCCACGCCUGGGAGGAUCCUGGACUUGAUAAAGAAGGGAGUGGCAAAGGUGGAUAGAGUCCAGAUGAUGGUCAUGGAUGAGGCGGAUAAGCUGCUGUCUCAGGAUUUUGUGGUGCUCAUCGAGGAUAUCAUCAGCUUCCUGGCCAAGAACAGGCAGAUCCUGCUCUACUCUGCAACCUUCCCCAUCAGUGUGCAGAAGUUCAUGGCCAAGCACCUUCAGAAACCCUAUGAGAUAAACCUGAUGGAGGAGCUGACUCUGAAGGGCAUUACUCAAUACUACGCCUACGUCACGGAGAGGCAGAAAGUUCACUGCCUCAACACGCUGUUCUCCAGGCUUCAGAUCAACCAGUCGAUUAUCUUCUGUAACUCCACUCAGAGGGUGGAGCUGUUGGCCAAAAAGAUUACUCAGCUGGGCUACUCCUGCUUCUACAUCCAUGCCAAGAUGAUGCAGGAAUACAGAAACCGCGUGUUCCACGACUUCAGAAAUGGACUGUGCAGAAACCUGGUCUGCACCGAUCUCUUCACCCGAGGUAUUGACAUCCAGGCUGUCAAUGUGGUCAUCAACUUUGACUUCCCCAAGAACGCUGAGACUUACCUCCAUCGUAUUGGCAGAUCAGGGAGGUUUGGUCACCUGGGCUUGGCCAUCAACCUGAUCACAUCAGAGGACCGCUUCAACCUGAAGGCCAUCGAAGACCAGCUGGUGACCGACAUCAAGCCCAUCCCCAGCAGCAUCGACAAGAGCCUCUACGUGGCCGAGUUCCACUCGUCCGGCGGUGACUGCGACGUGGAAGAGAUUGAGGAGAAACCAGGACGCCAACAGGACAGCACCUAAAACAGGACAGCAGGACUCACCGGGCUUUUGCACAGACAUCAGCGCUUGCACACAGGCUUCAGGCAACUCUUCAGUUUCACAUUUCCCACUUGUUUUCAGAGCCUGUCGAAUGGAUGUAAAGGCUGUUUGUUUUUUUUGUUUUAAGCAUUUCCUUAUCUUUUCCUCAUAGAGAGCUGCCUCAUUAUUUUUUUUUUUUUUAUUAUUAAUUGAGAAACGAUAUUGUUUUGCACCAUACUCAGAAUGGACCACGCAUCCUGCGUAUGAGCUUAGCAUAUUUUUCCCAAAAUUGAUCAGUUAGACGGCAAAUCCUGUUGAAACUGAGGCAACAGUGCAAAUGAGUCUCAAAGCUGUUUUGAACCUGUCGUUCUCGGAGACGGUUUUCGUCGUCAGCGGCGAGGUUGGUCUCUUUUUAAUGUUACAAAUGGUGCACUUUCACCAGCCAUCGCUCUGUCCACUUACACUGUUGUUGUCACUUAAGUGCCUUACUUACUCCCAUGUGCACUCAUCCAUUCAUAACCUGCUGUCGUCUGUCACGCAGCAGCGUACGAGCACAAAUACAACGAAUUUAACAGUAACCCGAGUUUAUUUAAACAUCCAUUAUGCAAGGGAAAAACGAAAACACACACACACGCUCCUGCAGAGAGGUGUGUCUGAAACACGGCUCCUUAAAAAAAACAUCCUGAAUGUGAACGUUUAUUUUUAAUGUGAACGUUGCAAUAAAAAAGGGCAGCUUUAUUUAAAUACUGCGUGACUGUUUUCCCUUUUCACCGUGAAUAAUACAUGAGCAGAGUUAACACGAGGAGACGGCUGGAGACACAAGCCCCCGUACUGAUUCAUGGAUGUUCGCCUGCAACCACACAGGCAGCAUGGGAGAUGAAUAGCAGCCUCAUGCUGUUACAUUAUAGCUGUCGCUGGUGCCCACAGACGGCUUUUGUCCGGAGGUUCUUUUACAUAAAUAAUCACAUUCGGGCUGGUGAAUACUGUAAACCCAUCGGCCGCUGGUAGAUGAAAAGCUGUUUUCCUCUCCUGCAUGCUGCUGCAGCUCAGGACUGAUGCAUCAGAGGCUGGUUCUCUACAGUUUUGAUUGCAACGUUUGCCGUUACUAAGCUGAUACACAAUCAACAGGUCCAAGGGAUGAAUUGUUUUUUUGGAGGCUGGUGCAAAACAAAAUCAUUUUUCCUCCCGAGUGCUUCAGAUUCAGUUAAACUGUGUGGAAAUACAAGUUCGGAUUCAUUACAGAGCAUUUUUUGCAAACCCUAAUGUUUUUUUUUAAGCCCCAUCUUGACAAAAUUUGAAGUUGAAUGUAUUAGUUGCCAAUGUGAAUCCUCUCUACGCCCAGUGUUUGAAUGCCAAGCUCUUGACAUUUCUAUUGCUGCUGUUUCAUAACAAACUCCUUCAGGCUUUGCGCUUAUGAAAUUAUAUACUGAGAUGGUUUCAUGGAGGGUGAUGAAACCUGCUCAGUCUCUUAAAGGACGACACUGACCUUUAAUUGAACUAAAAUUAGAGAAGUCUUUCUGAAGAAGCAGCAGCAGCGGUAUCUUUCUGUUUUUCUCCCCAGCACAGCUUUGUUUUAUAAAAAUGUGAGGGGUGGGCUCUGUGUUUGAAAGCAAAAUUGUAGCAUUUCUGAACAGGCA